CCAUUGCAAAAUCUCUCCACCAUUUUCUUCUUCCCUUUUUUACUUUCUCUCUCUUGCAUCUUUGUUCUUUCAUCCGGUUGGUUAGACAGAGAAGGAAGCAAGGAAACAAGCAGCACAGAGAUAAGGUCAGAUAGAGAGAGAGAGAGAGAAGAAGCAGAAGCAGCAGCAGCAACUGCGAGGAGGAGGAAGAGGAAGAAGAGAGAGAAGAUGAGCAAUAAAUAGAAAAUUAAAGGUCGGAGCUAGCCGCUCUCAUGGCGGCGUUUGCAGGCGGCGCCCUAGAAUUCCUCCCCUCCUGCCGCUGCAGCUACACCCACUACUCCUCAUCUCUCCUCUUCUUUAUAUAGCCCAUCCACCUCUCCUUCUCACCACCUCAAAAAGCUACCUAAGCUAAUCACCCCCAUCAUCUUCUUCCUCCUAACCCUUGUUGCUUAGACCCCAACUAGUAGCAAGAAGCUCUCAAGAUAGGAAGAAGAAGAGGAGGAAAUCUUUGUAGAGAGAAGUGGAGAAUUCUAGCUAGAGGGGAUAAUAAUUAAAGGGGAGAUUUUAUCGGAGAAGAAGAGGAGAAGGUGGUGUUGCACUCGAGGUUUCUUGAUGGGCGGCGCAUGGCGGGAUUCUCUCUGAGGGGAGGAGGAGGAGGAGGCGGCGGAGGAGGAGGAGUCGGCGGCGGCGGAGGCGGGGGGAGGGGAGGCGAACGCGGCGGCGGCGGCGAUCACGCCAUAGGGGCCGACAGUCUGUUCCUGUACGCGCGCGGCGCGGCCGCCGCGGCCGCCGACACGGCGGGCAGCGGCGGCGGGGGUGGGGGGAUAGGGUUCCAGCUAUGGCACCCGCAGCAGCAGGCGGCGGCCGCGGCCGCCGCCGUGCCGCACACGUCGCAGUUCUUCUCCUCGGGCGUGGCCACCGGCGUCGUGCUGGGGUUCUCGUCGCAUGACGGCGGCGGCGGCGGCGGGCAUAUGGGCGGCCCCGGCGGCGGCGCCGGCGGCGGCAGGGCGGGCACCAGCUGCCAGGACUGCGGCAACAACGCCAAGAAGGAUUGCUCCCACCUCCGGUGCCGCACCUGCUGCCGGAGCCGCGGCUUCAGCUGCGCCACCCACGUCAAGAGCACCUGGGUCCCCGCCGCCAAGCGCCGCGAGCGCCAGCAGCAGCUCGCCGCGCUCUUCCGCGGCGCCGCCGCCAACAACAGCGCCGCCGCUGCCGCCGCCGCCGCCGCCAGCAAACGCCCCCGCGAGCUCGUCCGCACCCUCGGCCGCUUGCCCUCCGCCAACACCGCCAUGGUCGCCACCACCACAUCCUCAGGCGAGGGAGACGGGAGGUUCCCGCCGGAGCUGAGCGUGGAGGCGGUGUUCCGGUGCGUGCGGAUCGGGGCGGUGGACGAGGCGGACGCGGAGCUGGCGUACCAGACGGCGGUGAGCAUCGGCGGGCACACGUUCAAGGGGAUCCUCCGGGACCACGGGCCGGCGGACGAGGCGGCGGGGCAGCUGCCGCCGUCGUCGGCGGAGUACCACCAGCUGACGGGUCAGGGGAGGGAGGAAUCGUCGCCGGCGGGGAGCAGCGAGGGCGUCGGCGGCGGCCACGGGGCGGCGACUGCGGCGACGUCCGCGGCGGUGCUCAUGGACCCCUACCCGACGCCCAUCGGCGCCUUCGCUGCAGGCACCCAGUUCUUCCCUCAUAACCCUAGAACCUAGCAACCUAGCUACCUAUCAUCAUCUACUUCCUUCCAUGAUCAAAUCAUCAUCAAUUUGCUAGUUUCAUUUGCAUCAUCGUCUCAACAAAACAAGAUCAAUCGAACAACAAGAAGAACAAGAAGAAGAAGAUGAUGAUGAUGAGAUUAAGAGAUUAUUUGUUAUUUCAGCCGAUGAACACUAAUGCACGGUCGAUCGAGAGCAUGUCAUUAGCUAGAGCUUAGCUAGUACUACUGCUUGUCGUCGAUGAGCUUAUUAAUUUCGAGUUUAUUAAUUAAUGACUUAAUUUAAUGCAAUGCAAAGAGAGAGAGAGAGGAAAAAAAAAGAACCAAGUGUAGCUUCAAUGAUGAUAUCGAACUUGUUCUAAUUAAUUAAUUUGCUUUUCCCCCUUGAUUAAAA